AUGCCGCUGUCUGCAAUUUGGACGAGAAGAGCAGCCAACGAUGCAGCGUCGAGCAUCUACAGUCGAGAACCUGAAAUCACCCCAGUUCCCCCGCUCUCCAUCCUGCGCAAGGGGAGGAGACCAACCGACUCUCCUGCAAGGCAUGACCUCCCGGGGAUCAAUCUGAUCGACCAUCAAAUUGCGCUGGCCCGGGGAACAACCAUGGCCCUCGAAACGACCCGUGUGCGGCUUCAAAAUGCCAAAAAGAACGAUGAGAACCGGUUCUUCCGCACAUGCCUCAAAAUCUUCGACGACCUCGCGGCCGUGACAGUCGAGGUGUCCGAUAAUCUGAUCCUGCAGCAUGGAUUUGAACCCGAAGUCAGUCCGGUGGGAAACCGACGCAUCCUCCUUGGGAUGCGCAAGCUGCAAGAGGCCCUGUCCGACUCGCACGGGAAGGAAGCUCGAGCCAGAGAAGAAUGGGACCGCCGCUUGAACCUUCCCAAUUUCCGUGCCCCACUACCGCAGUGGAUAUGA